GCGUGUGAAUUACUCGGAGGCGCGAAGCUGCAUCUCCGUUUGUUUUUGUUGAAUUUAUUUUGUAUUUCAUAUUAUUGCGUUUUAGUUGGAUAGUUAUGUUUUAUGAGUUAUUGAAAAAUAAUCGUCUAUCUUAAUGUUAUCUAAGCACUAAUGUUGACCAAAUCGCUGGCGAAUUAUGUCGAAACAACUGAUUAACAUUGCCAAUAAGUAUGACCGUGUUGUAGUUUUGGUGGACAUGGACUGUUUUUACUGUCAGGUUGAGGAAAAGUACAACCCGGAUAUACGCGGUAAGCCAAUCGCGGUCGUCCAAUAUAACCCCUGGCAGGGAGGAGGCAUUAUAGCGGUCAAUUACCCGGCAAGAGCAAAGGGUGUCACACGUCAUAUGCGAGGUGACGAAGCGAAACAGCAUUGCCCGGAAAUAGUUCUACCACAGGUGCCUCAAGUGCGCGGUAAGGCUGACAUUUCAAAAUACCGAGAUGCUGGCAAGGAAGUGGCUGCCGUCUUGCAGACUUUUACGCCACUACUCGAGCGUGCUAGCGUAGACGAAGCUUACAUGGAUAUUACCGAACGUGUUCUGGCUCGAUUGCGGGACAUGAACGAAGGCAAAUUUCAACUACUGCCGGAAAAGUUGCUCAACACUUUCGCCGUUGGUUACGACAGUAUUGGAGAAUUUGUUCAGAAGAUAUCAUGCGACUUAGAUGAGCCGAGUGAUUCUCAGGAGAUGGAAAGUGAAGAGGACCGAGUUGCGCUGAAAAAGAGCGAUAUAAAGCUGCUAAUAGGAGCCUCUAUCGUGAAUGAGAUUCGAGAUGCAGUAAAGCAGAAAACCGGUUACGAGUGCUCUGCUGGAAUAGCUCACAACAAAAUCCUGGCCAAACUGACGGCAGGAUUUCACAAACCUAACAAACAAACCAUUCUUCCACUGAAAAGCAUUAACAAAAUGUAUGAAACUUUGUCGAUUAAAAAAGUGAAAGGUCUGGGUGGCAAACUUGGGGAUCAGGUUUGUGAGCUGCUCAAAAUUCAGUUUAUGUCAGAGCUGGCGAAGUUUCCGGAAAAACUGCUGCAGAGUCACUUCGAGGAACGUAUGGGCUCCUGGAUGUUUUUAAUUGCUAGAGGUAUCGAUUUGGAAGCGGUCACACCGAAGUUCAACUCUAAAAGUAUUGGAUGUUGUAAGAGGUUUCCGGGUAAGAAUGCUAUCCUAGGGUUGGCAACUUUGAAGCACUGGCUGGGAGAGCUAGCCUCAGAAAUACAAGAACGCCUCGAGAAAGAUAUGGACGAAAACGGUCGGGUGGCGAAGCAGUUGACGGUUUCGUACGCACAACAGAUCGGAGAAAACGAUGUUUCCAGUACGAGAAGCGUCCCACUUGCUGCAUAUGAUGCGGAGAGGAUUGCCGCAGAUGCUUUGGAUGCUAUUCGGCGAAAUACGGAAUUUUUCCUGAAAUCCGAUAAUGAAGUGCUGAACAAUCCGAUAAAAUUUUUGGGCAUUUCCGCUGGUAAAUUUGAAGACAAUCGGGAUGCAAAGAAAAAUGACCUUAAAUUGAUGUUUUCUAACAUGGCGAACAAAGCGGCCCAGGAAAAAACUACGAUCAACUUGCAAGAUGCAGAAGUUGUUCCUCCGGAAAAGUGUGUAGAAAAAAAGAAUAUCAAAAGUUUUUUUAAAACACCAGCUCGAGCGCAAGAUGCCGAAACAAUUUCGAAACCUAAAAGCCCUGUGCCAUGUGAAAAUGAUCUGACCAGUAAUGAAAUACCUGAAAUAAGUAUUGCCGUAGAAGAAAAUGAAGAUAAAUUUCUAAACGACACCAUUCCCUUCGAAAAGGCUGGCUCCCCACAUAUAACUUCUACCUCUACGUUAAAUUCUACUGAAACUGGUCCGGAUAUCAAGCAAGAAUCAAGCUGUCUUCGAAAGGAAGAUAUGACAAGCCAAACUGCACGGGAAGAUUAUCGGCAAACUUAUGCAGAAUUUUGCCGCGCACCAGAUCUUCAACAGGCUACAGAACCGUGCCCAGAUUGCAGCAAAGCUAUACCAGUUAAUCAAAUACAGUCUCAUCGUGAUUUCCAUUUAGCGUUACAACUGAGUCAACAACAGCGUGAAGAGUAUCGCAACGAGCUGAAGAGCAAAUUUGCGUCCCCUAGUGUCAAGCCAAAGGCAGCCCCCCGGCCGACAGUUGUUGCUAAGAACACGCAAAUCAACAAGUUUCUAGUGACAGCAGCUGUACAGAAUGGGCCCGCGUCAGCACCAGAAGCAUCUGCACCGUGCUCGGAAUGUGGAAAAACGAUCGCCUCCGAUGGAAUGCAGGAGCAUCUUGAUUACCACACCGCCCGGAAAUUGCAACUUGAGCUCAAUCAGAUGGAGAUGCGAACGGUGACGAGUUCCGCAGGGACACAGCUCAGAAAAGAAAGUGAUGGCAGCGGUUCAAAACGCAAAAGACCACCUGCAUCUGGCAGUCUAAAGAGCCAGCCGGCAAAGGUUAACAAUUUAAAUACGUACUUUACUAGAAUGUAAAAAAAUAUCCAGUCGUUUAUUGUGUUUUUCUAGUUUUUUUUAUUAUUCUCAGAAAGCGAAAAAAGAUCCUAACAAUAACACGGAUAUUGAAUGAUGUUACAUGAAAAAUUCUGCACAGUUUGAUUAUAUUAAAUAACCAUGAUAUAAACAAAUUGAUUAAUGAAAAUGAUGAAAUUGUAUUAACACAGCACAUGUUCGUAAUUCUAUGUUUAAAUCUACGAUACAUCUUACAUAUAUAUUUGUUCAACUGCUACUUAAAACAUGCCAUCAUACCUCCCAAUGGGAAUGAGAAUUACUGCAAAAAUAACCACAUUACGGAGAGCCAGCUUCCAAUCAUUGGGAACAACGUAUGGCAACAGAACUGUAGUCAGGCGGUGAAUCUCGUGCGAAACGCAAACGAAUACGAACGACGUUAUCAACACAUUCAGGGUUGGAAAGCCAGGCAAUAGCACCAGCACUCCAUUUCGAUCCGCCGCUAGCCAGAUAUGAUACUGGCAAAUAAAGAGCUCCAAAGAGAUUCGUCCAAACCAGGCGAAAAAUGUUGAGUAACGAGUACGUAAAAUACCCGAAAUAUUUCGCAGUAGAAUGU